ACUACGUUACGCUCAAAACCACCACCACCACCACUCUUCUGAGUUCCCGAACCCCGAUUCACUUGCAUUUAAUUUAUUUAUUCUCUUAAAAUUCAUCCAGAUCUUGAUUCUCUUCCAAUUUUAACUCCAAUUCUCAAUCUCAAUCACUCACUCAUUAUAUUUAAGGAAUUUCUUUCUUUUUAAUCCUCCUGUUACUUUUGUUGGAUUCAUAAUUAAUCCCAUUUCGUACAUUUUGCCUGAUCGGGUGUGCUUUCUUGUUGUUUUCUGAUUUUGGGUUUCUUUCCUCUCUAAUCUCUACACAUUUGCAGACCCGUACGCACAUGGUGCCUUUGAUUCUCCACUUUUAAUCAUUUCCCCUGCUUUGAAACCGUAGUUGUCCUUUCAAUCAAUUUUCGUUCUGCAACAAUGGCUUCUUCGCUAAACCACCCCUUUCCGCCGCUGAAUUUACUCCGUCCGCGGAGGAAAUCCGCCGCCGCGCGGCGCUCGCUUGUUCCGGCGGCGGCGGCCGCCGGUAACUGCAAGACUAAGGGUCUGUUUGGCGGCGGCAUUGUUUCCUUCUCGAAGCCGGUCGAAGUCGCGAAGGUGAACCGGGUUUUUUACAUUAAUAAGAAGGAGGAGCGGUUCUCCGGCGUGUCGCGCCGGGCGUAUGAGGCCGCCGAUCGAUCGGAGCCGAUAUUCGAGUCGUCGGCGGAGGCGGCGAGGAAAGCGAAGAUCGGGAUUUACUUCGCGACGUGGUGGGCGUUGAACGUUGUGUUCAACAUUUACAAUAAGAAAGUGCUGAAUGCUUAUCCCUUCCCAUGGCUGACUUCGACCUUGUCGUUGGCCGCCGGUUCGCUCAUCAUGCUCAUUUCUUGGGCCCUUAAAAUUGCAGAACCUCCGAAGACCGAUCUGGCUUUCUGGAAGAAUCUACUCCCGGUUGCAAUUGCUCACACAAUCGGGCAUGUUGCCGCGACCGUGAGCAUGUCGAAAGUAGCCGUUUCGUUCACACACAUAAUCAAGAGUGGCGAACCUGCUUUUAGUGUUCUAGUGUCGAGAUUCAUCCUAGGAGAAUCUUUCCCGCCCACGGUUUAUUUAUCGCUUCUCCCUAUUAUCGGAGGUUGUGGAUUGGCUGCUCUCACCGAGCUCAACUUUAACAUGAUCGGUUUUAUGGGGGCUAUGAUAUCGAAUUUAGCGUUUGUGUUCCGUAAUAUAUUUUCCAAGAAAGGGAUGAAGGGGACAUCCGUUAACGGGAUGAACUAUUACGCCUGCUUAUCGAUGCUGUCGCUGUUGAUUCUCACCCCGUUUGCUGUUGCUGUCGAGGGACCACAAUUGUGGGUUGCUGGAUUCAGACAAGCACUGUCACAAGUUGGACCAAAUAUCAUAUGGUGGAUGGCGGCGCAGAGCAUAUUUUACCAUCUGUACAAUCAGGUGUCGUACAUGUCGUUGGAUGAAAUAUCGCCUUUGACAUUCAGCAUCGGGAAUACGAUGAAGCGAAUAUCGGUGAUUGUGUCGGCGAUCAUCAUUUUCCGAACACCAGUGCGACCUGUUAAUGUCCUUGGAGCUGCCAUUGCUAUUCUCGGAACUUUCUUUUAUUCCCAGGCAAAACAAUGAAGACUUUCUUAGAGGGAAUUGGAAGCUAAAUAUAUAUACAUAUUGUGGCUGUUUGGAAAGCAAUGCUUUGAAUUGAAUCGAUAUAUAAUAUAUAUAUAUAUAUAUAUAUAAUAAGCCACAAUAGUGUAUAUGGAUCUCUUUAGAUAGAAUAAUUAGACAUAGAACAAGAAACAAGGUUGUUUUAUGAUCAAAUCAAUUUGAUU